ACCCAUGGCAGUUAGAAGUUGUCUGCAAUGGCAGCAGCCACGUGAAUGACGGGUUGCUUGUCAAACAACGUGCUCACCGUAAUACUGGCAAAGGUUUCUCCUUCUAAAAUACCAGAGCUUUGAUUAGGGCUGUAAGUUCAAAGCUAGUUCAUCAUGGAGUCGAAAGGGAUGCAAAAUGCCAGAAAAAUGUUGGAAAAGCUUGGAUGGUCUGAAGGCAGUGGACUAGGAUUGAAUGAAAAUGGUAUUACAGAAGCUAUCAAACCAUCUGGAAAAUUUGACCAAUCUGGUAUUGGCCACAAAACAUACAAUGACUUCCAGUGGUGGGAUCAUGCAUUCAAUAAAGCUGCACAAGCCUUUGAAAUUAAAGUAACAGAUGACCAGGGAGCUGUUGUUGAAAAGACAAAGGCCAUAGGGAAAAUCAAAACAAAAAAGGGAAGUUCAAACCUCAAGCAGGCUGACUUAGCAUAUGGAGUCUUUCAUAAGACUGGAACAUUGCACAAUGGUAUAAUAGAAUCCAAGGAAAACACCUACGAGCUUAAAGAAGAAACUGACUUCUCCCUUAAGUUGAGUGAUGAGGAGCUUUUCAAGCUUUGCAAUGGAUUAACUGCACAUAAAGGUGCUAGACAUGGACUGACAGCUAGUGGAAAGCUAGCAAGAAUAGCUAAGCAAGAAGCUGCAUUGCUAGCAAGUAUGAAUGCCAGUGACAACAAAACACCUCAUCAACCAGAAACAAAAAAGAAAAAAAAGAAAUCUGCCAAAUCUAGCAAGGAUGACAAUAUGAUGCAGACAUCUAGUGAAUGUGAUACAGUUGUAUCUUGUGUUGAGAAUGUAAUUCUGUGUGAAAAAAUUACCAAACUCAAGAAGAAGAAAAAAUCAAGGAAAGAAACAGAAUGUGAAGUUGGUGAAUUUGAUAAAUAUCAAAAUGCUCUGAUAUCAGUUGAGGAAAAAGACAUUGUUCAUAAUAAAGCUGAGAAAAGAAAAAAGAAGAAGGAACUCCGUAAUGGCGAUGGCGAAAAUUUGUUAUCUGAACCAAUUGAAGAAAUCAGUCAAGAACCCCAUAAGAAAAAGAAGAAAUCAAAGAGCCAUAAAAGUGAAACUCAGCAUCUCCUGUUAGAAGAAUCUGUGGAACAAAUUUGUGAAGAACCUAAAAAAAAAAAAAAGAAAAAAUCUUCUCAAAAUGUUUGACAUUUAACGACUAUGUAUAUGAAUUUCCUAGGAAUGAUAAAUAAAACGUUUUCGACCAA